AUGCGGCCGCGCCGAGCCGCCGGGGGCCGCGGCCGCGCUCUCCUGCCGCUGCUGGGCGUCCUGUUCGUGCGCGGUGUGCAGAUUGUCCUGUCCUUGGAGAUUCACGUAGAUGCUCAUGUACGAGGUUAUGUUGGAGAAAAGAUCAAGUUGAAAUGCACCUUCAAGUCGACUUCAGAUGUCACUGACAAACUGACCAUAGACUGGACAUACCGUCCUCCCAGCAGCAGCCGCACAGAAUUUAUUUUUCAUUAUCAGUCCUUCCAGUACCCAACAACAGCAGGCACAUUUCGGGAUCGGAUUUCCUGGGCUGGAAAUGUAUACAAAGGUGAUGCAUCCAUAAGCAUAAGCAACCCUACCCUACAGGACAAUGGGACAUUCAGCUGUGCUGUGAAGAAUCCCCCAGAUGUGUAUCAUAAUAUCCCCCUGACAGAGCUGACGGUCACAGAAAGGGGUUUUGGCACCAUGCUGUCCUCUGUGGCCCUCCUUUCCAUUCUUGUCUUCAUUCCCUCAGCUGUGGUGGUUGUUCUGCUGCUGGUGAGAAUGGGGAGGAAGGCAGCAGGGAUGAAGAAGAGGAGCAAGUCUGGCUAUAAGAAGUCCUCCAUUGAAGUUUCAGAUGACACUGAUCAGGAGGAGAAAGAUGACUGCAUGGCGAGGCUUUGUGUCCGCUGUGCGGAGUGUCUGGAUUCAGACUACGAAGACACAUACUGAUGAAAGUCUACAUGAUGUAACAAAGGUUACCUGCUGACAGGAAGUCUCCCGUUCCCUUGGCUGGGAGUGCAGCUGGCUGGGGCAGCAGUGACAGAGGAUCCCGGAGGUCAUCAGUAGUGACUGCAGGAGCCAUUUAUUUAUUGAAGAAAUGUUCUUUUUUUGUAUUUAUAAACUGUUUAGAAACUCUCAGAAGAGACUCAUGACUAUACCUCUUAACAAGUAAUGCUCUAAUUGAAUGGAGACAUCCUUUUCUUGAAGAGAAAGAUGCUUCUUGGUCUGCCUUCACUCGUGAAUGCGUUCUGUGUUUUCUUCCAACCAUUUGAGAGCUUGCUUGUUUGGAGGAUCUAGCAGGGGUGUGCAGCUACUUGUGUACCCUUGACUGAAGACUAGUCCUCUAUUCAGAGAAGGUCAUCCUCUUUGACGGCGUGUGCAGCUUCGGGAGGGACACACAUGGAGUGGUGAGGGAGGAAGGGGACACCCGCCUAGCCAGCCAGAUCAGCCAAUCAGCCCUGGUGAUCAACGGGGUGACAGAUGUUGCAGCCAGAUCACCCUCACAUCCCUUCCAACCAUUUGAAGAAGGAGCCUAGGUGCUUGUCUACUGCUGGUGCCAACUCCGCACAUUUUCAUUAAGUGGAGCCUGUGGCUUCUUGAUGACAUGCUGCUGGACAUGUGCUUGUUUGGGACAAACAACAUUUGUGCUUUGUGCCACGAAACUUUUCAGUUGUGAGGAUUCAUCAGGGGUUCUUGCUUUCAUGGUGCUUGGGUGGCUUGGCAUUAUCACCCGGAUUUCUUUAAAGUUAGGCUUGCUUUGAGUGGGUUUUAAAGUAUUAAACAAAGUAUCAUCAGUUUAAAACUGAGGAAAGGAAUGGUGAGCUAAAAGAAUUCUUUUCCUUGGCCUUGCUAGGUAGAAUUUGGGCUAAGGGGUCUUUGUUAUUUUAUGUUGCUAUAGCUGACUAAUUUGUGGUUUCCUUCUUGACUUUUCAGGUUAGAGACAAGAAAAACCUCUCAAGAAGGUUUUUAGUGGGGACUUACAAAACAUUUUUAGCAGUUCUUUGAAUUUUUUUAAACAUAUAUUGUUCUUUUGAGCUUCUUUUUCUAAAAUGCACUAGUUAUGGCACACUAUUGGAUUGGUAAACUAUUUUUGCUUAUGCUGGAGAUGAGGAAGUGAGGAUGUGCAUAAUAUCUCCUUUCUCUUUACUUAAUACCUUAUAACACAUGCCUUCACUCUCUUACAGCAACCUAUUUCAGAUUUUAAUUUAUGUUGACUUUCUUUAAGCCACUAAGACAUAUCUAACAUCACUGUCUUAGGGGGUUCCCUUCUUAAUUAUGAGAGGAAAAAAAAUUGACCUUCCUCUGCUUUUGUUGUUUCACUAAAGCAGUCUAUUUCCAUGGAUCAUCCUUAAGUGACUUGAAGUGGUUCCAUAUUGUGUCAUUAUAUACUGUGUAUGUUACAAAAAAAAAAAAAAAAUCUCUUCAGCCAGGUAUGGUGGUUCACCACUUAGGGUGGCCAAGAUCAGUGAAAUGCUAUGACUUUGAGGCUAGCCUGGGCUACAGUGAAACCCUGCCUCAAAAAAAAAAAUCUCUUCUCUAUUUUCUACCAAGAUCUUAUUUUUGAAAUUUAGGUCAUUAGUUCUAUCUCAUAGAUCUGUCCUGGCCACUUAUGUGUAAUCUAGUCCACUGAUCAGAGAAUUUAGGUCAUUGUUAGAUAUUGUGUUUUACCUCUAGUCAGGUAAACCUAGGAAGAAAUUAAUAAAAAGAUGGACAGCUUACAUUUUCAGUGGAUAAACUAGAUAAUUCUUGGAGUAUAUGGUAAGUUUGUAGUUGUUUGUGGCCACUUUAUCAAGACCAUGUCUGAUAUUUUGACAGAGCAUUUGAGCAGCAAGCAGGAAUAAUUUGGGCUCUUGCAGAUUUGAAGAUAAGAGAUGCAGUUGUGAGGGGGACAUUUUGUGGGUCUCAUUUCUGUCACAGAAAUUAUAGGAACCCAUUUGAAACCACAUCCCAUUAAACAAGGAACUAGUUUUGGUGACAUCUUGCAACUAUCUUGCAAAUAUUGUAAGGAUUAAGCCAGCUUAGAUGUUGGUCACUUCAGGUAAUGGUGCUCCGUGACAACUCAGACAUAUCUUAUAGCCUCAAACCUUAUUUGAACUGGUCCUUUCUUUUUUAAUGGUAAGAGAAUAAAUUGGUAACUUAGCUUAUUCCAUUAGUUUGUGGUUACAUCACCUUAUAAGCUGCUUCAGCCCUUAGACUGAGAUUUGAGGUACAGCUUUUGUCAAGGUUGGAAGUAAGAUAAAGGUUUUUGUGUAUUAGUUUUAACUACUCUUUUAAUAUCUUUUAAGGUGCUUCUCUAUCUAUCUCACUCCCUCCCUCGUUCUUUCUUUGUUUCUUUUGCUGCUCUAUGAGCUCUUGCCAGACCCUGUGAAAUUGUACUAUUGUUUAGAAAAAGAAUUUGAAUAUUUUCUCAUGGUUAUAUUACCUUAUGAGUUUUAUGCAUCUGGCUCUUAAAACUUAUAAAAUGUGAAUUUUAAAAAACUUUGUUUUCUCCUGUAACCUGUCACUUUGGGCCACUUUGGGCCACUUGGAGGGGUGUCAUAGUGUCUGCAGCUCCUGAAUCAGGCACUGGUGCUUCCGGAGGGAAAAUUGGCACACAUGUAGGUUUGUUUGUAUGGGUGUGUGUGUGUUUGUGUGUGUGUGUGUGUUUGUGUGUGUGUGUGUGUGUUUGUGAUUUUAAUCUGGAGGCCAAAUCCUGAACUUGAAUGCUCUACUGUGUCACUUGCUCAGUUGUGGUUCUAAAGAGGAGCUCUCAGACGACCCGCAGGGAUAGGCGAGACAGUCACUGAAUUGCACAUCUUGGAAGAGUCAGCACCACUUCCAUGACUAUGAACUGCUGCUUCUCAUUGCCUUUUUUGUUUUUGUUUGCCAGGGGAGAUGUUCUGUUUGGUCAUGUACACAGGCCUUGUAACCAUGGUAUCUUUACCCCAUCAUAACUAAUAAACUCCUUUGCACCUUU